AUGGCUGCAGUCCCAGAAGAUUAUGAUUCUGGCCCAGAUGAAAGUGAGAACCUACAUCCUGAAAGAACUAAAUCUCAUGAAUUGCAUAAUGCUAAAUCAGACACCACGGCCGAGGUAACCCCUGAGCAGCUCCCGGAGAUUGACCAAGAGCCAGAGGAACUAAAGACUAAGGAAGAUGACUCUGAAGAGGGGAAGCCAGGGAGUGCAGAAAAGGUACUGCUAGAGUUAGCCCCGACGCCCGAAGAAAUUCCCAAGGAGACCAACAUGGACCUACCUAGCCAAACCGAAGCAGAGAUAACGCAAGUGUUGAAAUUAGAGACAUCUAGGGGAGCAGGAGAGGAUUUGGAGGUCCCGGAGGAUGAAAAGCAUGAGCCAGACCUACAGCCACCAGAUGUCUCAGUAGAUGCACUUACAGAACCACAUCCAGAAACAGACACGCAGCUACCUACCGAAACCAAGGCUCCAGAGGCAACGAGCAGUGAGACAGGAACAGAGUUACCAGAAAACACUGGGCAGAAGGUUCCAGAGCAGUCGCCUAGGGAGGGAGAUACAGAAACAGGUCCAGAGCAAAACACACCAGAUUUUCCAAGUGACAAACCAAGAAAAUCGGUUGAAGAGGAAGAUCUAUCCCCAUCAAAGAUGACCGAGUCAGAAAUUACAGAGAAGACACAAGGAGAGUCAGCCGAAGAGAAAAGUACAGAGCCGACCGAGGUGGCUAAACCAGAGAUUCCAGACCAGGAGCUAAGAAAAUCGACUGAGGAAGCAGCUAUUAUGCCUCCAGAAGAGGUUCACAUAAAGUCCACACAGCAGUCUGAGCAGACUAAGCCAGAAUUCCCAGACAAGAAACCAAGACAGUCAGUUGAAGAGAAAGUUUCAGAGCUACUGGAAGAAUUCAAACUGGAGUUUUCUGAGGAAGAAUCAAGAAAAACAGCUGAAAAAGCAAGUCUAGAGCUGUCAGAGAAGGAGGCGACAUCAAAGAAAGUGCAAAGACGCUCUGUUGAGGAAAAGGUUCCGGGGUCACUGGAAGAGGCUGCUCCGGAACCGAAAGAGAUAAAACCGGAUGUUCAAGGGGAGACACAAGAAAAAUCAGAGCAAGUCCCCGAACCAACAGGCCAAAAAGAAAAGCCGAGACGAACAAGUGAGAAGUCUAAAUCAAAAGGGACGUUAGCGGAGUCGAGUAAGGAGAAGGGUCCAGGGCUACAAGGACAGACUGAAGCAGAACAAAAUUCUAAUGAAGAAACAGGUCAGAUGCCACCACAGAUGACCAAACCAGAAGUUCAAGAGAAGCCACAGCCAGAACCAACCAAAGAGCCAGAGCUAUCACAUGAAUCCAAAGCAAGAGAGAUAGCUACAGAACUUUCCAAGGAACACAGGCCAGAACCAAGCAAGCUUAAGUAUCCUGUGGACAAGGAUGAGAUAGUAUUCACUGAAUACCACAAAAAGAUGCCAGAAAAAGAAACUAGCAAGACUAAAAAUGAGUUUGUGGUAGGAUCUUCCAGAGAAAGUAUUGAGUCCGCUGGUACAGAUUAUGAAUCUCAGGAGCUCCCCAAAGAGCGUCAAGUUGAUACCUGUGAAGUAUUUACAAGCGCUCCUGCUUCAGAGUCUCAGGUGGAACUGAGAGAUUCGGUUAGUGAAAAGAAAGUCGUCACUUUACCCCAGGGAUUGGAGAAGAUGGGACAUGAAGAACCCAAGAUCAACAAAAGUGCUAGAUUACAAUUUGAACACCUUAAGUGGAGCCCAGAGAUGGUUGCAGAGUGGAUUGGUGAGCUAGGGUUCCCUCAAUACAAGGAGUGUUUCACUGCAAACUUCAUCAAUGGUCAAAAGCUCAUCCACGUGAACUGCUGCAACCUGCCUCAGAUGGGGAUAACUGAUUUUGAGGACAUGAAGACAAUAUCUCAUCAUACUCGAGAACUUCUAGGAAUCAAAGAGCCGCUGUUCAGCCGCAGCAUCAGUCUUCCCUACAGGGACAAUAUAGGCUUGUUCUUAGAGCGGAAGGGGCACAGUGGAGUCAUGUCUGCCUCCCUGACCUUGUCUGAAUUUGUGAAAGCGGCAGGAUUGCAGGAGUAUGAUCUGGAGAUAGACACCAUGGAGAAGCAUGAGUCCCCACUACCAGACAGCAGCCAAGAAGAAAAGGAGGCAUUGCUUUUACCAUCCAAACCAAAGGAAGACACUGUGGAGCCAGAAACGUGAACUAGGUGACUAGGGACAUCAGUGAAAGACCGGAAGGCUCAAUGACAGUGAAAAUAAGCAUCUUCAGGAAGGGAGAGCAGAGCGGUGGCCUGGGAAAGCCAUGCACUUUCAGAGUGGGAAGGAAGAUGACAACAGCCACAGGACUCUGAGCGUCUCCGCUGUCUUCCAUUUGUUUACACUGGAGUUGAUGAAAUAGUACAAGUAAACGGACAAGUGACAGAGGAGCCUGAGAAACAUCUGCAUUGCAGCCUUGCUCGGAGAGAGCCCUUUCCAGACCAGGUGGAAAGAAUCAAGGAUGUGCAAACAUUCAAAUCAGUCGAGCCAGGUUUAGAACAAACGGGAAAAGCACAAAAGACUUAAUCAUGUGCUGUGACAGAAAAAGCAACUGAACCUUGACUAGGAAGGUAAUCCUCCACUUUCACAUCUGUAAGAAACGACUAAAGAACCAGCAAGGAAGAGAGAUGCGAUAGAAAAGGCACAUAAAGGCUUGUCAGUAAGGCCUAUGGGUAAAAGUUCCUGCUGUGUAAGCCUAAGGACCCCAGUCAAAUCCCUAGAGCCCAUGGCAGAAGGAGAGGACCAAGUCCCCAAAGUUAGCACUGACAUCUAUGUGUAUGCUGCACCUCCAUACAUAACAGACACACACACUAAUUUAAAAAAUAGUUGUGAGAAAAGAUGCAUUCAUUCAGGGCAUCUGCUUUUGAGGAAAUGUUAAAUAAACAUGACACCUGUCAGAAAUUAGAGUGUUCAUAAAAAUUCUCCAAAAAAACCCCAAAACUGUUGUCUGUUCCAAGGAAGGCUCACUGUAACCCCAAAGGCAGAGCACUCAGAGCAAGUACCUUCCAGAGCUGGAGAGAUGGCUGGGCGAUUAAUAAUAGUUGCUCUAAAGAGGGUCCUGGUUCAGGUCCCAGCACCACAAGGUGGCUCACAACCACCUCCAACUCCAGCUCCAGGAACCUGACCUCUCUUCUGUCUGCCUUAGACACCAGGCACAUGUGCACAUGCACACUCAUACAUAUAAAAAGAAUCAUGUACAAAAGAGUACCUUCUGGAGCUGGAGAUAUGGCUCACUCAGCACAACUCCAUCUCCAAGGGAUCUGAUGCUCUUAUGGCCUCCAUGGGUACCUGCACACACACACACACACACACACACACACACAUCUUUUUUU